UCAAUGAAUGAAUUGGUGCACUGUGAGCGACCACCAUCUAUUCAAGGGAUUUCCAUUUGCUCCCGGCUUUCAACGCAGAGCAUAUGAAUUUGCUUAGACAGACCCUUUUAAGAAGUUGAACAGAUUUGGUCGGAGAAAAUGGCACAACGCGUGCUUUUCUUUCUACUGUGGCUCUCUGACCGGUCUUUCGCAGGAUUUCCCAAUCAGAUUAACAUCGGGGGAUUGUUCAUGCGGUCCACGGUGCAGGAGCACAGCGCGUUCAGGUUCGCUGUGCAACUCUACAACACCAACCAAAACACGACUGAAAAGCCUUUCCAUCUCAACUACAAUGUCGACAACCUUGAGUCGUCCAACAGCUUCUCAGUCACCCAUGCGUUUUGCUCUCAGUUCUCCCGCGGGGUGUAUGCCAUCUUCGGAUUCUACGACAAGAAGUCCAUGAACACCUUGACCUCGUUCUGCGGCGCCCUGCACACCUCCUUCGUCACGCCCAGUUACCCCACCGAUAAUGAGGUGCAGUUUGUCAUCCAGAUGCGGCCCGCCCUCCGGGGUGCAGUCCUCAGCGUGCUCUCCCACUACAAAUGGCAGAAGUUUGUCUACCUCUACGACACCGACCGAGGUUUCUCCAUACUGCAGGCCAUCAUGGAGGCUGCGGUAGCAAACAACUGGCAGGUGACGGCCCGCUCUGUCAGCAGCACAACAGAUGCAGCAGAGUUCAAGCGCAUCAUUGAAGAGAUGGACAGGAGGCAAGAGAAGCGCUAUGUGAUUGACUGCGAGGUGGAUCGGGUCAAUACUAUAUUUGAACAGGUUGUGGCCCUGGGAAAGAACAGUCGUGGGUACCACUACAUUCUGGCCAAUCUUGGAUUUUCGAAUGUGAGCAUGGACAAAGUCUUUGCCGGUGGAGCCAACAUUUCAGGGUUUCAGAUAGUCAACCCUGAGAACCCGAUUGUGCAGCAGUUCAUGCAGCGCUGGGAGCGCCUAGAUGAAAGAGAAUUCCCAGAAGCUCGAAACUCUCCUCUGAAGUACACCUCAGCUCUGACCCAUGAUGCCAUCCUGGUGAUAGCAGAAGCCUUCAGGUACCUGCGGCGCCAACGCGUGGACGUCUCCCGCCGAGGCAGCGCCGGAGACUGUCUGGCCAAUCCCGCUGUACCUUGGAGCCAGGGUAUAGACAUUGAGAGAGCUCUCAAGACGGUCCAACUGCAGGGGAUGACCGGGAACAUCCAGUUUGACAACUAUGGCCGCAGGACCAAUUUCACCGUAGAUGUUUAUGAGAUGAAAAUAGGUGGGCCGAGGAAGAUCGGGUACUGGAACGAGUACUCGCGAUUUGUAAAUAUUAUGGACCCGCAGGUCUCCAACGAAUCCUCGGUGGAAAACCGAACCAUUGUGGUCACUACUAUUAUGGAAGCUCCUUAUGUGAUGUACAAGAAAAAUUAUAUGCAUCUGGAGGGGAAUGACAGAUAUGAAGGCUACUGCGUCGAUUUAGCAUCUGAGAUUGCCAAACAUGUUGGAAUUAAGUACAAACUGUCUAUAGUAAUGGAUGGAAAAUACGGCGCCCGAGACCCUGAGACCAAGACGUGGAACGGGAUGGUGGGUGAACUGGUCUAUGGGAGAGCAGAUAUAGCUGUUGCACCUCUCACCAUUACUCUGGUUCGAGAGGAGGUGAUAGACUUUUCCAAGCCGUUUAUGAGCUUGGGCAUCUCCAUUAUGAUAAAGAAGCCGCAAAAGUCCAAGCCCGGUGUUUUCUCCUUCCUGGACCCGCUGGCCUAUGAAAUCUGGAUGUGUAUAGUCUUUGCCUAUAUCGGGGUGAGCGUGGUCCUGUUCCUGGUCAGUCGAUUCAGUCCUUAUGAGUGGAACCUAGAGGAACAGGACGAGACCAAAGACCCUCAGACUCCCCCCGACCCUCCCAAUGACUUUGGCAUCUUCAAUUCCCUCUGGUUCUCACUGGGCGCCUUCAUGCAGCAGGGCUGUGACAUCUCUCCCAGGUCUCUGUCGGGCCGUAUCGUCGGCGGUGUGUGGUGGUUCUUCACUCUCAUCAUCAUCUCCUCCUAUACGGCCAACCUGGCUGCCUUCUUGACCGUGGAAAGAAUGGUCUCGCCCAUAGAAAGUGCUGAAGAUCUGGCCAAGCAGACAGAGAUAGCAUAUGGGACUCUGGACUCAGGCUCCACAAAAGAGUUUUUCAGGCGAUCCAAAAUAGCAGUGUAUGAGAAGAUGUGGUCAUACAUGAAAUCUGCGGAGCCCUCAGUGUUUGUUAAGACCACGCCUGAUGGCGUGGCCAGGGUACGAAAAUCAAAAGGCAAGUUUGCCUUUCUCCUCGAAUCCACCAUGAACGAGUACAUCGAGCAGCGGAAGCCGUGUGACACCAUGAAAGUGGGCGGGAACCUCGACUCGAAAGGCUACGGUGUGGCGACACCCAAAGGCUCAGCAUUAAGAACUCCUGUAAACCUUGCAGUAUUGAAACUCAGUGAACAAGGCAUCUUAGACAAGCUGAAAAACAAAUGGUGGUACGAUAAGGGUGAAUGUGGAACCAAGGACUCUGGAAGUAAGGACAAGACAAGUGCUCUCAGCCUAAGCAAUGUGGCGGGUGUCUUCUAUAUUCUGGUUGGAGGGCUGGGGCUGGCCAUGAUGGUAGCUCUGAUAGAGUUCUGUUAUAAAUCACGACAAGAAACCAAACGGCUGAAAUUGGCUAAGAAUGCCCAGAAUUUUAAGCCGGCUCCCCCGACCAACACCCAGAACUUUGCCACAUACAGGGAAGGUUACAACGUUUACGGAACUGAGAGCGUUAAGAUCUAGAGGUUUACAAAAAGAAAUUGCCAUAUGACUGUGACAAAAAAGAAACAAAAAAAACAAAAAACAAUCGACGAAAGGCACAGGAUCAUUGGUUUGGUGCUUCAAACCAAAUCCUCUCGGGCGGAAACAGCACGAUAAUCUGCAAUGACGACACGACUGGACUGGUCAUGGGAAGAGUCGACGGGGUUCGUUCCCCUCUCUCAGUGCCUUAUGGAACUCCACGUCAAAUCAAUGCAACUCAUUCACAGUGAUAUUGCUUUUUGCUUGAAGCUCAUACAAAAUGGAAGAAUUGUGCUGUGACAUACAUAUAUAUGUAUAUGUAUAUGUAUAUAUAUAUAUAUAUAUAUAUAUAUAUAUAUAUAUAUAUAUAUAUAUAUAUAUAUAUAUAUAUAUACAUAGCUAGAUAGAUAGAUAUAAACCAUGGAUGAGAGAUCUAAAGCCAUCAUUUACAACCCCUAAGCACAUUUUCAAGUGCCAAUAACACAAUGAAUCUUACAUGACAAGUGUCUAAUUGGUUUCUUGUAAUCAAUAUGAUUGGAUUAGUCUUCAUCUAUCUGCUGCCAGAUUUUCACUGGUUAUACUGUAUGUGUUCAAAUUAUUUUAUUAGAUCUACUCAGCGCACUGUAAGACACUGGUUAUUAGAUAAUAGCUUUUAUACUCCUGUGAGUCACUUGUAAUGGCCAUGUACUUAUUGCUAACGAUAGAUGAAGCUCAUUGGAGUGAAACGCCAUUCAGCCCGAAACAAAGAUGUGUGUUGUUUGUACUCUAAACUCUGGUGCUGCUGCCAACGUCUUCUGAAAGUUUGAUGGGACUUGUGAAGAUGAGAAGAUGAUCCGGUUCAGCGCUGACAGCUCCAGAAACUCAAGAGCCGGGUCAUGAUUCACACUUCCAAUACUGCCAAGAGGGUGUUUUGUAAGACGAGUGUGUAAAGACUGAGUUAAAAAAAAAAAAAAAAAAGAAAGAAAAAAAAUGUUUUUGAGUUACACUCUGUAAAAUAUCAAUGGUUUGAUGCUCCAAAGAAUCUUUCUCUGAGAUCUAGAGUCAUUCAAGUCUCCUUUACAUCAAAGCAAAUCCGAACAAAAAGGGUAAUUCAACUGUAGAUGUUCUGCAAUCCAAUUAAAAGUAUAACAGUUAUGGCUUUUUAUCCGUAUUUUAUUUUUUAAACUAUCUUACCAUUUUCUCUGGAAUCUGCACAUUUUCACCAAGCUGUUUGCUUUACAGUAUAAUUUGGUUCCUUUAAUGAGAAUUAUAGUGUUUGGUGACUUCACUUAGUAAAUGAAAAUGAAACAUAUAUGAAUACAACAGAAAAUAGAUUUAUACAAGGUUAUACUGGGAAGAGCCCUGAUGCUUAGCACAUUACCACAUUGCUGUAAUAUUUUUUUUUCUUUUAUAAAGACUGUGAUUCCAUAGGAUUUGGGGAGAUGUUAUCACCUGAAACUAUGGGCAGAUGUUUUAUAUAAAAUAAACACAAGAAGAUAAUGUGAAGAAAAGAACAAGCGAAUGAGAGAUGUGUACAUUUAGAUACAUUAGAAUUAUUUAUACAACAGGAUAAAAUAUUGUUUUUUUCCCUCUCUUCUUUUUUUUUCCCUCAAAGAAAUUGCAUGUAAAAUCAAUGAUGCUUGACGAGCUCUGCUACUCACAAACUGACCUUAGGUUAACGUUAGAAGUCCAGCCCUGGUCAUUCUUUUAUAAAUCGGUUCCACCUUUUUUCUUUUAAGCACAUCUCACAUUCUGCAGAAACAAAAAUCUCCAGGCAUAGUCGUGGGUACAAAAGAGCAAAAGAUGCAUGCAUAAUUUGCUGAACCUCAUUAGAGGGGCGCUGUACAGAGAAUUUUAAUACAUUUUGUAAAUAAAAUGUACA